AUGAUGAAUGUUUCAAAAUGUAGUAAAUGUUUAAAAGUACCAGAUGAUAUACUAAUGUUAACAUGUAAUCAUGAUUUAUGUUUAUUAUGUGCAGCUAAGUCAUUUUCAUAAUAACAAUCUAAAAGAAAUAAAAAAGUAAAAUAUACUUUUUGUAAUUGAAUAGUUUUUUGUUUGUGAUAUUUGUUCAUCUAAUACAGAAUUAGAUGCUAACAGUAUUUAUGAAUUAGAAAAAUUACAUUUAACUACUGUUUUAUAGGAUAAAUCAAAUCGUAAAACUGUCCAAUAAUCAAAAUCCAAUAUAUCAAUUGAAAAAUAAGUUAAACCUCGUUCAUAAACUAGAUAAGAUAAUAAAGAAAAUGCAAAAGAUAAAUCUAUUAAAUAAACUGCUUAAACAAUAGAAGCUAGAGUUUCUAUACAUUAAUCUUAAAGGAAAAUGAGUAAAUAACAGAGUGAAAAUUCAUUCAUUUAUCAUUAAAAAGGAAUGUGUGUUGAUCAUCCUGAUGAAGAAGUCUCAUACUAUUGUUUUGAUUGCAAUAGUAAAUGUAUUUGUCCUGAAUGCAUCAUACAUGGAAUUCACAAGAAUCAUGAAGUUAAGACAAUUAAGAAAUCAUAUCCAAUUGUGAGAAAAUAGUUAGAAGAACAAUUAGAAUAAAAUAAUCAAUGUAUAAUCUAAGUAGAAAACUAAAAGUAAGAAUUAGAACAGAAAUAAAUAUAAUAAUAAGCCAUAUAAGAUCAUUUAAGAUUACAAAUAGCUUAAGAAUUUUAAGUAUCUAUUUCAUAUUAAUACUUAUAGACUUUACAUUAAUUAUUAAAUAGUAAAUAAAAUGAAUUAUUAGAAAAAGUAGAUAAUUUACCUACAAUAAUAGAAUAGUAAGAAGGAUAUAUAAACAGAUUAAAUGAAGUUUAAUGCAAAUUAUAAAAUUUUACUGAGAAAAUUAAUGAUAUGAUAGAUUCCAAAGAUGAAUGUGGUUUACUUAAUUAUUAUGGAUCAAUUUAUGGUUAAACAACACCAUAAAUACCUCCACUUCCAAAUAUUAAAGAUGUACAACUAUCAAAUUAAAUAUUUUCAUAAAUUAAUGAUGUUAAAAAGUUAAUUGGAGGUAUGGAUAUUGAUUGUAAUUAAUGA